GCCGUUUGGGUGAAUCACUGCCAAGUCGGAAACUGACGCCCCGUCGAAGCCAUUUUGGUUCCAGUCUUUGGCCACUCCUCUUCGCUUUGUUGUUCGAAUAAGAAAUGGGUGUGGCAUUUGUUUUUAAUACAAACACAAGAAUGCUGUAAACCGAGCUUUCGCCGUGCCUGUGCGUUUAGGACAGGCGUUACAACAGAAACCUGUUAGCUUAAGCCUGUCAACACACCGCUGUUUACAUUGUCAACUCCCACAAUGCAUUGUGCUCCUCUACUUCCGUGUUGGCGCGCGCAUUCGAGCGUCGAAACAACACGUUUCAGUUGAACUCCCUUAAAAGUAUACAACUACUUAUUAUAUAGUUAUUUCCCCAAUUGCAAGGACUACAAAGGCUACUUACAAUGAAGAGCGUUACGUCAACUUCUAAUUGCAUGUCAUUCUGCGGUAAGAUAAUCACAUUUAAUCACGUUCCCGCCGCAAGUGACAACAAGAAAAGCGAGUUGACAUUCCACAGCUUUUCUUUCCAACCGGAACAAGACGUAUUUGUAAAGGCGGCUCAAGGAUCUUUUGUUAUUAGUCACAAAGACGCUUCCCGUAUCGACUCCUCACUGAAGUGUAACUACGCCGUAGAUAUUCAAAGGAGGACCACAACUCCUUGUGUUCUUGUGGCGAAAAGGAACAAGAAAGCAGACAUUUUCUUGUACAGUCUGUUCACAGUGAGUGAGUCAAACAGACUCGAACCUUGCAUCGACUUCCAGCUGCCUCACCACCUCAAUGGAGAUGCCCGCAUCUUCAAGGGUCCCACAGUGUUGUGGACGCACUCUGAUGCUGUGUUUCAUACAUCCAAGGCGGACGCAGGAAGGGUCAAGCGGGUGUCCCUCCAGCUGACCCACAGUCUUAUUGGUGAGCUUCCACUUCAUGGAGGACAAGCGUUCAUACUGGGAGAGUCACCCACCAAGCAGACCAUCGGCUACAUGCUAGAGACUGGCCGCACCUUUAACGGCGCUAUGAUUCUACCUAACUUUUACAUCAGCAUCACUAAGUGCAUCCAUGUGCUGUCGGCUCACCGAGCUGGAGAUGUGUUGCACUGCACCGUGGUUGCAGCCACCUCCAAUCGACAGCUUGUGUACCUGGAGGACGGCAUGGUGAAAGACACAUGGCAGCUCCCAUUCCAACAAGCUGAAGAUAUCCAGGUGGUCGACACGGGAAGGAAUGGACUCAUAUUUGUUGUGUCUUUUAGCCACGGGCAUGUGUGCGCCAUCAGGAAGGACACAUUGCAGGUAGCAGCCCAAUGGUCAGAGGUGACCUCUGUGCAUGUGGACGAUUAUCUCGGAUGUGGCACGGAACAGAUACUGUUGCUUUUCAUGGAUGAAGGCGGACAACCUCUGGAGCAUUUCAUCAUCACUGACCUAUGUGGGAUCUCUUAUUCCCGUGGUGAGCAAAAUGGAGCAACAACGGAGACAGCCGUUCCACCAGAGAACCACCUCCACAUGAUCCGGGCUUUAGAAUCCAGACUACAGAGUGGACUGAGCGUGCUGCAGGAGCUUCAAGGAGAAGUGAGAGUAAAAGAAAGAGUUGUGCAGCAGUCAGUGCGAGCGCUCGCCGAUGUCAUCCACCAUCGAGAGCCACGUCUCGCACAGCCCGAGCAGGAAGGUCUCGUCUCUCUGUGGGAGAGUGAUGACGAGUCAAAGGACGAGGCCUCGGAUGACAAGACCCGAGUCAUGCCAGCGGCGCCCUGCGGACCUCAAGUUGACAAGCUGUGGCAUCGUAUUGUCCGGGACCGAUUGGUUGUGGGAGUGAUACUUGCGGCUGGGAGCGCUCUACCAGCGGUCGGUACGAGCUUAUCCGUCCUGACAGAGGCGAGCCAGAGCUCACCGCCUGUAGUCAUCCAGACCCAAAGCCAAGUGUCGUGGCUCCCCGUGCUCGGCCCCUCUAUCGCCACCUCCUCGACCUCCACCUUCCCAGAGCCGGCAGCCAAAAGAAGCAGGCGGCCCGACGCAGGCGGCCCAAAUGAUCUCAACACGGCCAGACUCGCCGUGACUGCCGUGACCGGGCUGGCACCUUUGUUGAACUCUGGCUGCGUCAAGUGCAAUGUCAUGCUCCAUUACGCCCCGAGACGGGACCAUUCCCUCGGCCCCGCCGGCGUCCCGACACCACCUGUCCUGCUUUGUGGUCAAGUUACUGUAGACAUCCAUAAAGAUUUCAACGCUCCACUGCUGGAAAACCCUGAGCUUAAAACAGACGAGGCCCAGGAAGACCUGCUGUGUCUGCUGGCGUCAUCGGAUCACCGGGUUUUCCGCAUAGACUCCCCCAAUCACAGCCUCGGCGAUAUUGACGGCUGGCUGCAGAGGAGAAUGGGCUGGAAGAGGAUACGGGUGAGCCCUCAGCAUCCAUUCCUGGCUUCUCAAGGACCAUCUGCUACCUCGCUGCUGCGCUGGCAUCACAUCACCCCCUUCCACGGGGAACUGGCGCUCCAUUCCAGCCACGUCCAGAUGCUCCAGCUUCUGGACGCCCUGCGAGGCCACCUCCCAGUGUCCUCCACCAUCCACCCCGUCAAGGACACACGAGGAGAGCGGCCGCAGCAGAUGUUUUCUUUGACUUUGGAAAAGGAAGUAGCGUUGCUGCAUGACUUUGUGUCAUCGCCGCAAUGUUCUGAGCAGGAAACCAACGAGGAGAAGAUGACCGGACCCGAAGAGAACCCUGAAACAGACUCGCCCGAGGGUCUCCAGAGGUGCCGAUCGGCCUGGCAACGGGAUUCGGAGAGGAGUAGGCGGACUUUGAAGCGCCUAGUGGAUGUGAGCAGGUACCGCACGCUCAUCCAAAAACUGUCUGAAGUCCAGCUUGAGGAGGAUUUAGCAGCACUCAUGGAGACGUGGAGAACAUUGUCUCCAUGAAAUCAUAACAUCUUGAUGCCAUUUUGGUUACGUUCGAUUCUUGCAUCUCAAAUGAACUCCGAGUAGGAGUAUCAGGAGAUUAAAACUCCCAGGGAGACAAUAAUUAGUUAAUUAAUCACACAAUAAAUGAAAAUGAACCGGAUAAUCCAGUAUAUCUCCACGUGCGUUCGUGUCUGUUUUGCUCGCAUCCCGACUGACGCUACGUGUCCUUAGAAGCACCGCCCCCCCUCUGUAGAUGUUCUCAAAUUUCACCCCCCCCCCCAAGCGCGAGAUGUGGCAGGGAUGGCACACAGGAAAGCUUUUACUGGUCCUUUCACCUCACGCCUCACUUCUUCUCAGCGAUGAUGCGGGCUGUUAAAAUGUCACGUGUGAAGUCAGGCGACUCACGGAUGUACAAGAUAUCGAACACGUUGACCUGGCGAGCAACGUUUCACUAAAUGGUUCUUCUGGAGGAAUCUACAAAUAUGAACAUUGUCAUGGUCCAAGACAUUGCAGAUACUUUAUUAUAACAUUCUUCUGUCAGCCUUUACAGUAAAAUUGUACAUAUAUUUACAUAUAUUUCAUGUAAAGGUACACAUCUAUUUUUGAUGUGUACUAUAUAUUACCUGGAAAAACACUGUAACAUGACUUGAUGGGGGUGCUGGAGCCUAUCCCAGCUGUCUUCAGGCGAGGAGAGGCGUUGUACACCCUGGACUGGUGGCCAGCCAAUCACAGGGCACAUAUAGACAAACAACCAUUCACACUCACAUUCAUACCUAUGGACAAUUUGGAGUGGCUAAUUAACCUAGCAUGUUUUUGGAAUGUGGGAGGAAACCGGAGUACCCGGAAAAAACCCACGCAUGCACGGGGAGAACAUGCAAACUCCACACAGAGAUGGCCGAGGGUGGGAUUGAACUCGGGUCUCCUAGCUGUGAGGUCUGCGUGCUAACCACUCGACCGCCGUGCAGCUGAGAACCCGUUCAUGACCUUCUAAAUACAGUUUUUAACAUUAUUAGAGUCCUCUAGACCUUAAAUAACACCCCUACAGUCACCUUUACACUCAUUCAUUCAUUCAUUAAUUUUCUACCGCUUAUCCUGAUGAGGUUCGCGGAGGGUGCUGGAGCCUAUCCCAGCUGUCUUCAGGCAAGAGAGGCGGGGUACACCCUGGACUGGUGGCCAGCCAAUCACAGGGCACAUAUAGACAAACAACCAUUCACACUCACAUUCAUACCUAUGGACAAUUUGGAGUGGCUAAUUAACCUAGCAUGUUUUUGGAAUGUGGGAGGAAACCGGAGAUCCCACUUACAUUGGAUAUCGCUAUCCGCAUUGUCACGUAUUAGCUAAUGCUGGGGUGUCCAAACUAUGACCCGGGUGCCUUUUGUGGCCCGCAACUUGUAUUUUAUUGGCCAGCAGUAUUCAUUCAUUCGAACAUAAACAUUCCAAAAAAUUUAAAUAUUAUUUAUGUCUUAAUUGUUUAUGCCUUAUAUGUAUUAUUUUCUGUUAUGUUUACUGUAAAUGUGUGUACAAGUGACUAUAGGGGUGUUAUUUCAUGUCGAAAGGUCUCUAAUAAUGUUCAUUCAUUCAUUCAUUCAUUUUCUACCGCUUAUCCUCACAAGGGUGGCGGGGGUUGCUGGAGCCUAUCCCAGCAGUCUUCGGGCCUCUCUCGCCCCAAGACAGCUGGGAUAGGCUCCAUCACAAUCCCGUCACCGUCGUGAGGAUAAGCGGUAGAAAAUGAAUGAAAGUUAUUGAAAUAAGACGCCUCCAAGUAAAAGCCUGGCACUCUCUGCAGUUGAGUAAAUGGUGUUGCACGUAUGUAGUACUCGGUGUGUAACGUAUAGCUGGUAAAACCUUUGGCUUAAAUAAUGUACCGGCACUCGAAAACCAUUUGCCGUUUCUCACACUCUGGCCUGAUUGGGUGCAGUUGCCAUGGCGACGCUCGUUUCUCAUGGCUCUCAGCGCUCGCAAAGCCAUCCCCACACCUCAAUUAAACGAUGGGAAAGUUGUUUGGAUCCCGAGCCGAGUCAUUUUUCUUUCAUACGCUGUCAUUUGCCUUUUUGAAAGGUUAUUAAUGGACUCUUAUGCAAGGCUGAUAUUGAUGGGAGUUCCAUGGGAAGAUUAGCGAUAUUGAUUAGCUUACAAUCCCCCUGAUUUAGCCUGGAUGACUCAUGCUGCCUUGCGUGUUUAUCUACUAAACCGGCUCGUUUUAGCUCGUUAUGCACUAAUACAGGCUGGUGUGGUUAUUAUUAUGGGAUGUUAAUCUGCAUCUAAAAGAGCUGCUGUCUCAUUAUGCGCAAUAUAUGUCGCGUGGAUUUUGGCCACGCGCACAAUAACAACAUACUUAUGAUUGUUCCUCUGGUGCAGGGGUCUCAAACAUGCGGACACUAGUUUGAGGCCCCCGCCUUGAUAUGAAAGUUUGAUAUGGAUGCUGUAUGGUAUCAUGUACCCAGAAAAAAAUUAUUACGUUUGAUUCAUGUUCAUGUUAAAGGUUAAAUAACUGUUAAUAGUUAUCCUCCCUAUCCGUGUGGAAGUGGUAAGUUUUUGGCUAUUUAAGUUGAAAGGAAAUAACUUGGAGGCUACCGUUUAGGUCGCUAGCUCUCUAGUUUGCGAGUUAGCAUGUGUCUCAAGACCCUGCAGUUGCGCAAUAUGUUGUAAAUAAAAAUAGUAUAAAUGUGUGGUUUAAUUAAUAUUAAUAUUUUAUAUUAAUAUUAAUAUCAAUUAAUAUUAAUAUUUAUGGUUUAAUUUCAUUUGAACAUGCAUCAGAUUACAAUUGAGUGCAUCCCAUAAUCAGUUCCCAGUUCCACAUGUCCAAAAGGAGUAGGAAGAAGCAAAGCUUAUUAAAUCCUACCCCUCCAUCUGGUACUUUUACAAUCACUAACUGUUACAUUUGUUCACUUCCUGCUUUCAUAAUAUUGUUUAAGUUUUUUGGCUUUUUUAAGUUUAAAAGGAAAAAAUC